AUGCUUGAAGUUGACUUCAAUGAGAUGACAGAUAGACUGAAGAAGAGGAUUGUUAUUCCCAACUUGGUUGAACCCGAGAACAGUCCCUAUGGAACACCAGCGACUUAUGUCAAUCUCGUGGCAGAUCAUUUGACGAAUUCUUUUGAUUUUUCUAUGGUGAACAAUGUGCUUUGUCAGUUUAAGCACUUUAAAACAGUAAUAGGAGAUAUCAACUUGCACUUUAUACACAUGGUUGGAAGUGAGGAGAAGAAGUCCACUCCUAUCAUAUUACUUCAUGGCUGGCCAAGCACAGUUUGGGAGUUCCACAAAUCAAUCCCAAUGCUGGUUGAACAAGGUUAUACCGUAGUGAUACCAAGUCUCCCUGGUCUUGGGUUUACAGAACCACCAAAUGUAACCGGAGUUAGCCCUGCUGUGAUGGCCUGUGCUUACCGCAAACUAAUGCUGCAGCUAGGCUAUAAAAGAUUCGUUGUUGGAGACAAAUACUCCAAACCUUGGAUUUACCACGAAUUCUACUCGAACGAUACAGAACUACUUUCGAGCUUGUGUAUCCCAAAUGUCCCUGUUGCUAUUUCUAAUUUCCCUAACGAGGGUAUUCAUUUGACUAGAUUUGCAACCGGCGCCAUCUUCAACAACAUCAAGCAGUACAACUACCAUACCCACGGAGGACACUUCUCCCACAUUGACAACACAAAGGCUGUUGUCGGGGAUCUGACCUCUUUUAUCCAGAAAAUUAAGUGA